AUGUUGAAAUGUAAUUUAAUAGAAUUAGUUUUAGUAGUUUUAAUAAGUGUGGGAUUAAGAUCAGAAAAAGUUAUUGAUAAGGGCAAACUAGUAUUAAAAAAUGCUGAAGAUUGUGUUUGGUUAACUGACAAUGAAAUUAAUCUCUAUUGA